UUCAUUCAGUCGCAAAACUACCGUCGUCGGGGAAGGUCGUCGCUCGCAGUCGUUGUAGCCAACGGCAAGUGCCUAAUAAAUAAAAACCAUGUCUGCAAGGCCGGGAGGUUUUAUAAAUCCAUUCUCAAGACCAUGGAUGACCGAAACUGGCGCAGCGGCUGCGGCUGGGGGUUCAGGAUCAGUGGGUUUGAAAGGUGUUGUGGCCGGCGGAAUAACUGGUGGCAUUGAAAUUUGUAUCACAUUCCCCACCGAAUACGUAAAAACACAGCUCCAAUUAGACGAGAAAGGUGGCACUAAACAAUACACUGGCAUCGUCGACUGUGUUAAAAAGACUGUCAAAGGGCAUGGAUUCUUCGGACUCUACAGAGGCCUUAGUGUGCUCCUCUAUGGGUCCAUACCCAAGUCUGCUGUCAGAUUUGGCGUGUUCGAACAAGCGAAACUGUACAUGGUAAACGACAAUGGCACCCUAUCCACGACUGGCAAGCUGGCGUGCGGUCUCGCCGCUGGUGUGGCGGAGGCGAUCUUCGCGGUCACUCCCAUGGAAACCGUGAAGGUCAAGUUCAUCAACGACAUGCGUCUGGAGAAGCCACGGUUCAAGGGUUUCUUCCACGGCGUCAGGACCAUCGUGAGGGAAGAAGGUGUUGGAGGAGUGUACAAAGGUGUCACGGCGACGGUCAUGAAGCAGGGCAGUAAUCAGGCGAUCAGGUUCUUCGUGAUGGAAUCUCUCAGAGACUGGUACAAGGGAGGAGACAGGGACAAGCACGUGCCCAAAUACAUCGUCGCGCUGUUUGGUGGUGUUGCUGGUGCCGCCUCCGUCUUCGGAAAUACCCCGAUCGACGUCGUCAAAACAAGGAUGCAAGGGCUCGAAGCGGCCAAGUACAAGAACACAUGGGACUGCUUCAUCAAGACGUGGAAGGCUGAAGGUCCACUAGCCUUCUACAAAGGUACCGUGCCGCGUCUCAGCCGCGUAGUAUUCGAUGUAGCCAUUACCUUCACGAUCUACGACAGCAUCAUGGAUGUAUUUAACAUGGUCUGGAAGUAAUAUUUAUAGAUCCCAGGAGGAUUUCAGGAUGUAUGUGUCCAAGGAAAUGGAACAACUGAUUUGAUCAGAGUUUUUAAGCCCCAACUUUAGGACCAAAUAGUUGUGAUUCUAAUUUCUAUAUGAUGUACUUUUCAACAAAUUUUAACACAGAUUUAUCAAAAUAUUUGUUAUAAAGUUGAACCAUUCACUUGGACACGAAUAACCCUCCUUUAUUGUAAUUGUUCGGUAGGUAUCGGCCUACACUUAUCGUAGCCAAGCGGAGGCCCGGGGCCUGUGCGUAUCUGUGAUUAUCUGCCACUAGUAAAACUCUUUGGUAUUUAGUCUACUGGCCUCUAAUGUGCUGCACUAUAUUCGUCGUUAUUUUCGCGCCAAUUUCGGCUUUAUAGACAUCGUGUCUUGAGAACCAAUACGAUCAGUGCUAAAAUGACUAAAAAAUCAUAAAUAGUCGAUGUACUCGUAUAAAUAGAGGUCAGUGACCCCCACGCUUGUUAUGCGGGCCCCAAAUUAUAUUCCUGAAUACGCCCCUGUCUUUUUACAUUUUAUACUAUAGGAUAUAAUGUAAAUGUACAAAGUAAGCUUCAGUCAAUGUCACCGUAGUUGUAAGUAGAACUGUUUUAAACUUUUAAGUGUUUGAUACAUCGAAAGUAUAUUUUUGUAGAACAGUUGUGGAUGAAAUGUAAUGUAUUGUUUUGUGUUGUUAAAAAUGUUUCGAUCACUUUUUAAUAUCAAUUUUUUAUUUGCUGCUUUUGCAGUUGGAGUGAUUUUGAAAAGUAUUUCUGUUUUUCUAUUUCUACAAAUUUAUUGGUCACAAAUUGUUUAUGUUUUUGGAUUUACGUUUAAUUUUUGACAGUACAAGGUACUUUGCUUUGAUUCUUCAGAAGAAUAUUGACAUGAACAAAUGUUAUUUACAAUGAAAUGGCUCUCGCAAUCAUCAUUUGUAAAUAAAUAUUUAUUGUGUAAUUCUAAGGUUACGUGAUUCUCUCAGUUUGCCUAAUUAGUUCUUAGUACAAACUAUUAUUAUUUCAAACAUGUUUUUGAACGGAACCAAAUAUGUCACUGUUAUUUUUCAUUUUAUGAAAACUGUGUGAUUUGUGAUAAAGAGUGAAUACUAUGAAAUACUGGACGCAAAUGUAAUCCUUGUUGUUUUUACAAUAAGGUUAAUAUUUAUUUGUAACUUCUGUAAAGAAAUGGUACAUUGUGUAAUUUGCUAGUAGUCUAGAUGGAGAUAGCAAGAGCAAUGAGAUAGUUUAGUAAGCACAAUUCAGUACUAAUUAACGUCUAUCUAAUCUUAAGUUAAUUAGGUACAACAUACAAAAAAAUCUAUCAUUAGUGUUGAUAAUUGUUUACUAAAUACCAAAUAAACGGUCACAAUUAACUUGCCUCCAAAUAAGCGGUACCAUUUCAUGCAUUUCAAAUGAAACGGGCAUAUUUUACGUUAUUACUGUGCAUUUCGUUUUAUACUCCUCUUAUAAAGAUCCCAUAAGCCCUUUGCUAAGCCAAGGUCUUAUCAUUCCACUAUUUAUACCUCAGAAUCUACGACAUUUGUUACAUUUAUUUGCUGCAAUUUUAUUUUUGAUAUUUUCUGUUUCGCAUUGAAUAUGGACAUGAUUUAUAUUUAUUGUUUUUGAUUUAAUAAAAUGGUGGUUAUAAAA